GCAUGACUCGUGGGGACACCGUUAUGCGCGUGACUAUGCACGAACGGGAACGUUCUCCGUUAUUUAAACUCAGUCGCGCUUUUAACAGCUUUGCCUUGUUGCCGAUAAAAGAAAUUUUACUCCAAGCGGGGGUUUAGUCAUUUAGAAGUGAAUGUCUGUAAACGUGUAGGCCUGCAUGGUUGCUACGCUGAGAUUUGCGUGCGGCCACGGUGUUAACUUUGUAAAACUGCUGGGUCUCGGUGGACAGGGGACAGGGGACUCUCGCUCACGGAGAAACGGCAACGCUCCGUCCUAAUAGCGGAUUCUUUUGGAUAUCAGUUGGAGAUCGAAGCUCGUCCUCCCGGGCCUCCGCAUCUCGCCUCUCUGCUUUAUCCGCGUAUGCGCAGUAAACGCGUCCAUUGUCUCGCAGCAGCAGCAGGCAGUGCGCGCGAGUGAGCGAGCGAGCGAGCGCACGGAUCCGCGAGCGCAGGGGAGCGGCACACGGUGACCCGAAUUUGCACGCUAGGCGGGGAACAAGCGCACCUGGGCAUAGCGCCGGUGGACACGCGGCUGCGGAUGCCACGGCUAAAAUCCCGAAGCUGUCCGCGCUGAAGUUUAAAAGACGGUGCCAUUGUGAGGCUGCUACGCCGCGAGCUUGUCAUCGUUGCUGCUGCGGUUUUAGGCGGCUUGUCCCGGGCACUGAACCUACUUGCGCGUUUUUCUGUUGAAUUGAAUCGUGCGAAGUCGUGCUUUUGGGGGUGGGGGGUGGGGGGGCGGGUUGCAUCCUCUGUUGAUCUCCUCGAGCUUCUCCUCUCGGUGCACGCGAAUCGGGACGUUUGGGUCGCCCGUGAUCCGACCGGGAAAAUGGGCUGUCGCGUCUCGUAGACGCAGCUGCUUCAGUCACACCUGACACCCCAGAUCUCUGGCGCCUGUGUUGUCGUUGGUGGAGGAAGCGUGAAAACAACCGCACACCGGCGUUUCGGGGGCGACACGAGCGACGGCUCUUCUCUAACGGCGGAGCCCCCCCCCCCUCUUUUUUUCACGACACCCCCACCCAUUUUUCACGGCUACUUUGGAUGGGGGGCAAGCAGAGUACGGCGGGGCGGCCCCGGGGUGCUUUUCCCGGUGUCUCGACAGAUGACAGCGCGGUACCACCCUCGGCCCACUUCGGGCACUACCGACCCGGGGGCGCAAUGGGCUUGCGCAGCCGGUCAGUGAGCUCCGUGGCAGGAAUGGGCAUCGACCACAACGCCGCGGUGCCGUUCGGCUUUUACACCCCUCGAGGAACAGACUCGGACAGAGCCGGAGGGGGAUCUGGCUCGGAUUCAGCUCACGGUAACGGCUACCGGGAAACGGGCGGCGGACACCAUACGGACGGUGUGCUUUACCUGGGAUCGCGCGGCUCGUUGGCAGACACCCUGCCCCUCCACAUCGCGCCCCGAUGGUUCAGCGCCCAUAGCGGUUUCAAGUGUCCUGUAUGCUCCAAGUCGGUGGCAUCCAAUGAAAUGGAAGUUCACUUCAUCAUGUGUCUGAGUAAGCCCCGCCUCUCCUACAACGAUGAUGUGCUGGCAAGAGAUGCAGGAGAGUGUGUGAUCUGUCUGGAGGAGCUACAGCAGGGAGACACCAUCGCCAGACUGCCGUGCCUCUGUAUCUAUCACAAAAGCUGUAUAGACUCAUGGUUCGAGAUCAACCGCUCCUGCCCAGAGCAUCCUUCAGACUGAAAUCCUACCACUCUAUACUACUGCUGAUAAAAAGGGCACUUUAUGGACCUGAAUCUGGCAUCUGGACGCUGAAAUAACCAAAUAAAACAAUCAACCUAUUUAGCGAUUUGAUCAAACCGAUGGAGAUCGUGAAGCAGAACCAAAUAAAGGAAUACGUCGUCAAGCCAACAUUGUCACUCCCACACUUAUCUCAGUACCCCCCCCCCCACCUGCUACACUAGCUAGCGACUGCUAACCGCUAAAUUCCCCCCCACCCACACACCCACCCCCCUGUUUUUAACAGACAGCCCUGGAUUUCUACACCCCUAGAUUCUCACUGCUCCUCAGUUACACGUUCCAGCCCUGGAGUUCGGCUUGGCCCUACAUGCACCCUCGUGUUCAUGUAGUCUUUCUGUCGAAGAGGAAGAAGAGGAGUUAGGUUAAACAGAUGAAGGGCUCGAGUCUCCCAGUAACAGAAACAGGAAGGGGUAGGGCCAUGCACACCACCCAAUCCAAUGGCAAUCCCGGCCCCGUCACUCAGAAUAUGCUAAAUAGACGGGACUAGAUGAGUGUUGCUUAUUCUUUAUGUUCUUUAUUUGCAGGCAUGAUAUGGGGCGGAGUUUGGAUUAGGUGUUGAAACGUACAUGGUCUUGGGGAGAAUAGUCGUGUGUGUGUGUGUGUGUGUGUGUGUAAAAACUUAAGCAGGGUGUCAAUUUGUGUUGAGGCUGGGGCACUUCCUCUGAAUGAUGCAUUGCAGUGAAUAAGUUUACACUUUCUUGUCUGUUCGGGUAGUGACCAUUUCUGUGACUUUGUGUGUGAGAGAGAGAGAGAGAGAGAGAGAGAGAGAGAGAGAGAUGGUCUUGUGUUUCAGAAUGAGGUGAAUACGUUUGUGCAUUUUGUGUAGGAUUGGGAGAUCAAAUGAGUGUUUUGGGUCUGACAUUCAAAUGUUUACAGUUUACAGUAGAUGUCUUUUACCUCCUCGCGUCAAAAACAAACACUCGUAGGCCCUUUCACUUAUUUUUUUAAGUACAAACCCAGCUGUCAUUCCAAAUCAUUAUUCAGAACAAUUUGCUUGUAAAGGCCUGAGUGUGUUUACUCUGUCUGUGUGCAUGUGUGUGUGUGUGUGUGUGUGUGUGUGUGUGCAAGUGCAACGGGGGUUUUGGCCCAUUUCGUGCUGGUCUAGGAAGUUACUGUUUACGAGUGGAUAUAAAACCCCCGAUGCACUGGUGAUACCAGUACGAGAUACAAUCAUCUACAUACCAGUGAGACAACUCACAACAAACAAAAAACUAAAACUUUGGCUUAAUCCCCAGAGUCCAUCUGCUGUAUAAUGAAUAUCCUGUUAGAUGAUCAUGUUGUAAGAAUUGUAAAACAGGAGAAAAACAAUCCUGAGGGAUACAAAUCAA